UCAUCAUCAAAUAAUUUUACAACCAAUGCAACAAAUCAGGAAGAAAAUUUUACUCUUCAUGAAUGGAAAUUCCAAACAUUAAAAACACCAAUUUUAAAUCAAACAGAAAUGGAUGAAUUAAAAGAUGAAUUGGAUGUUUAUGCACUUCCAGAACAAACAUUUAAUUCAUAUUUAUCAAUUAAACAUGGUAAUUUUGAAUUUAGUUAUCUUCCAAAAGAUUGUAUUAAAUUUGCAAGAAAUCAAGUAAUUAAUCAAAUUGAACAUUUACAAAAAAUUAAAGUAAAUUGUUCUGAUACUUGGGCAAAUAAGAAACUUGAUGGAGAAGAAACUAUUGUAUCUGAAAGAGAUGAUAAAAUUGAUUGGACAUUUACAACAAUUUACAAAGGAACAACAAAUCAACAAGCAAAUCAAACAUCAAGAAAAAUUGAUUAUGAACUUUUAAAAAGAAAAGAUGAUCCAAUUUUAUUCUAUGAUGAAAUUGUAUUAUUUGAAGAUGAUUUACAUGAUCAUGGUGUUUCACAUUCAACUGUCAAAAUUCGUGUUAUGAAUCAUUGUUUUUAUGUUUUAAUGAGAUUCUUUUUACGUGUUGAUGGUGUUUGUGUUAGAUGUAUUGAAACUAGAUUAUUUCAUAAAUUUGGAGAAGAUCACUUAUUACGUGAAUUUUCAAUUAGAGAAUCUGCUUGGAAAGAUUUGAUGAAUAAUC